AUGAAGAUUUCCUCGUACGCAGCUCUCGCCCUUGCGGUGGUGUCAGUCUAUGCACGCAAGUGCCAGAACAUUACCGUCUCGGUGUCCAUCACUGCCCGCAACGGCGUUUUUAACGUGCAGCCCACUCAGUCCAACAUUGAAGUCACAGACUUUGUCCUCGACGGCACACAACAGGGCCAUAACGCCACCGCACAAGUCCUCGAAGGCUACGCAGACGUCUCGGGUACUUACAACCUGGCCACUACCUACUGCACUCCAGAUAGCGGACCAGGCAGAGCAGUCCAGCUCCUAACCCACGGUAUCGGUUUCGACAGGAGCUACUGGGAUCUGUCGUACAACAACUACAACUACUCCUACGUAGAGCAAGCCCUCGCAGCCGGCUACAGCACACUUUCACACGACCGCCUUGGCAUCGGCCAGUCCGCGCGCGCCGACCCCAUCCAAGACAUCCAAGCCUCCCUGGAAGUCUCCGCCCUCAUCGCCCUCACGAAGCUCCUCCAAAACGGCGGCAUCUCCGGCGUCAGCGAGACCUACUCCAAAGUCAUUCACGUCGGGCACUCCUUCGGCGCUGUGCAAUCCUACGCCCUGACGCGCGACUACCCUCAACUCUCCUCCGGCCUCGUCCUCCAAGGCUUCUCCCAAAACUCCACCUUCCUCCCCUACUUCCAGCUCGGCGCCAAUUUCGUCGCCGUCCAAAACACGCCCCUCGCCUCCCAAUACCCCGCCGGCUACUUCGCCGCCGGCGACCCUUCAGGCGUACACACCAACUUCUUCGCCCCCAGCGACUUCGACCCCGCCAUCCUCGACCUUGCCUACUCCACAGGGCAGCCCGUCAGCCAAGGCGAGCUCCUCACCAUCGGCGGCGCCGCCACGGGCGUCAACACCUUCGCGGGCCCUGUCCUCAUCAUCACGGGCCAGCGCGACGUCCCCUUCUGCGGCGGUGACUGCCUCCUCACGGGCGACCCCAGCUUGUCCAGCAUUCCUGAGUCGAGCAAACAAUACUUCCCGAACGCCAAGAACUUCGAGGUUGUGAUUGUCCCCGGCGCGGGCCAUGGCUUGAAUCUGCAGUAUACCCACACGCAGACGUACAGUGCGAUGCUGGAGUUCUUGAGCGCCAACGAACAGGCGGGUCCCGUGAAGCGGACGUUCCGCGCUUGA